AGUAAAAUUGCUUAUCAAUAAGGACACUGGGGAGGCAGUUGCCAUGAAGAUGGUGGACUUGGUCAAACAUCCAGAUGCAGCAGAUGCUGUGCGGAAGGAAAUAUGUCUGCACCGCAUGUUAAAACAUACAAACAUCAUAAAAUUUUACGGAAGUCGCCGUGAAAAUUCAAUGCAAUACAUGUUCCUCGAGUAUGCUGCAGGUGGUGAGCUAUUUGAUCGCAUUGAGCCUGACACGGGAAUGCCUCCCCACCAGGCACAGAAAUAUUUCAGGGAAUUGAUCAAUGGUGUGGAAUACCUCCAUGGACGGGGUGUUACACACCGGGAUCUCAAGCCAGAGAACUUGCUGCUUGACGAGAAUGACCAUCUUAAAAUAACCGACUUUGGAAUGGCCACUCUCUUCAGACAUAAUGGGAAGGAACGUGAAUUGGAUCGUCGUUGUGGAACAAAACCAUACAUGGCCCCUGAAGUAUUACUGAAACCCUAUAAUGCUGAGCCUGCAGAUAUUUGGUCUUGUGGAGUGAUUCUUGUUGCACUGCUAGCUGGUGAAUUGCCAUGGGAUGAACCAACUUUUUCUUGUCCAGAAUACACAGCCUGGAAGGACAGAGAUUGUAGACUGUUCACAACCACACCUUGGACAAAGGUGGACAAUCUGGCCCUCUCUCUUUUGCGCAAGGUAUUGAAUACUGUACCGAGGCAUCGGGCAACAGUACCUCAGGUGAAAGCACAUCAGUGGUUCACAAAGAACUACCAUAAAUCUUCAGGUUUUGGACGCAGUGUAUCGAAUGACAGCAUGACCCCUACUACCAAGCGUGUGUGCAGUGAGCUUGAACGGGAAAACUCCUCAUUUUGUUUGGAAGACAUGUCAGCACGGUUAGCUUGUUCACAGCCAGAGGCCCCCACCUCUACUUCAAUUAAUCCUGUUAAUGAUGGUCCUAAUGUUGACAUGGGUGUGGUGAGCUUCUCCCAGCCAGCUCAACCUGACCAGCUGUUGCUCUCAUCUCAACUUACUCAGAGUACACAAGCAAGUCAGACACCACUGCAGAGGCUUGUGAAACGCAUGACUCGCUUGCUUGUAAGGACCAAUCUGGAGGACACACUAACUCACCUGGAAGCAUUGUUCAACAAGAUGAACUACACUUAUCGUAUGCACAAUGUCAAUGUUCUAACUGUAACCACUCUGGAUCGACGUGGAGCUCAACUUGUGCUGAAAGCAAGCAUACUAGAUAUGGGCCAGCAUAUUCUUGUGGAUUUCAGACUUUCAAAAGGAUGCGGAUUGGAUUUCAAGAGGCAUUUUUUGCGAAUUAAAGAGGGUUUAUCACAUAUAGUAAUCAAGGGCCCUGUAACUUGGAAUAUGGCUCUAGCAACAAAUAUGCUACCAGCCUAAUUUGGCCCAGACUGAAAUUUUGACGUCUUUCAAAAUUUAUAUGCUGACUGUUACUCAUGCUUGUGUAAGAUGUAAAGUAUUAGUCUUUAAUGAAUAAGCUAUGAUUUAUACUCGGUUAAAGUAUAAAAGUGUUUGAUAUCGAAUGUAUGAUUAACUUCGAAAGGAUCUGAAUGUAUGACUGGUGUGCAUGUCAUAAUUUUUCCCUGUCUAGAUUAAGUGUCUGGUUAACUUGAAAGGUGACCUCCCAGUAAUAGUAGUUUGGCAGAAUGUUCCAGCAACAUUGGCUGCCUGGAUAGGUAGUGAGUACCCAUCUCAACAGUGUGCUGCGGUUGUAAGAGAAGUCUCGCUUUCGACCAGCCUUCUCUCUACUCUCGCAGGCAGAAUUCUAGUCUUUCACUGAUGGGUGCUUGCUUGCUUUUAUGAAAGUAAAAAAUUGUUUAAUCAUUCCAUUUUCCAAUAGAGGGAAAAAACUUUGUUAAUUUGCUGUCGGUUUAAAGAAACAAUUUUAUUUUUAUUUACAAGACUUUUAUUAUUCCCUUUUUUUUUUGUGACAAAUAUUUCAGAUUUUUUCUAGUCUAGUAUGAAUAAAAUUAUUAGUGAUAGUUUUUGGUUUAAUAAAUUUGAUUGAAGGAUUAUGCAAACCUAUAUGGGAUUAGAACAAUGAAUACCGGUCUUCUAGUUUGUGUACAGAGGGCAUGUACCAAACUUUGGCCUUGUCAACAUGAGGGGCAAUCAAUGUGCUGGCUUGGGUGAGUACUGAUGGCACAAGCAGAGAAAAUAUGGGCAGUUUACAGAAGUGGCAUUGCCCAUUCCUGGGGCCAGGCAGUUCCUGCUUGGGUCUUAAGAAAUUAAUUGGGAGGUUGACACUCUGACGUGCCAAACCCAAAGCAGAUGUUUGUGUACAGGGCCCAAGCAGAAAUUUUCAUUAAGUUAAGGUUUUCACCUGCUUUAUUUUCAUAGAUAUGAUUAAGCCCAAUUUACUAUCUGCUUAGUCCAAUACGAAAUUUCAUAGGUACAUAAAACGGUUUCAUCAACCAUUGCUGAAGUUUCACAACUACUACUGUAGAAAUUGAUGUACAUAACAUAGUACAAAACUGGAAAAAAAAACAAUCGACGAUUUAAAGAAAUUACGAGUUUGUAACUUUUUAAAUUAAAUAUUUUAUGGAAUGAUUCUGUAUCCAAUUAAAAUUAAAAGUAUACAAAUUUGUAGAUAAGUGAAUAUAGAAGGUACAUAGAAAUUUGUGCUUGAGGCACAAAAAUUUCGAGAUGCGAUUGUUGCAAUGAAGCAGUAAAUUUAUUCCAAAUUACUGCAUGAAUAAUUAAACCAUGCAGUUAGUCAAGCAUCAACACUUGAGCACUUGCAUGAAGGUGAAGCUUACUCAGAUCCUUCAACUUGAAGCAAACUCGUCUCGAAUUAACCCUUGGCCUUUCCUGCUUACUGACUAAUGAAGUCUCUGUACCCUGAAAAGCAUGCAAAAUUGAGUUAAAAAGCUCAUAAGCUGUAUGAAUUUGAAGGUGUAAUUUGCUUCAUAUACCCCAGUUAUGCUCUCGGUGACUGUCAAGGAAAAUAAAAAGUAUUUUU